CGGCAAAGUUCAAAUAGGAGAUGGAUCCAGGAAUGCUGCUACCAUGUUCGGAGGUGCUAUGAAUAAUCGGCACCGGGACCCGAAAUGGAAAAAACAUCGUGCCAACAAAGUUUUCAAAGUCAAACUGCCGGACUUCGAAAAAUUUCGCGAUGUGGCCGAUGGGAAAAUCGCUCGCAAUGAGGUGCGAAGGGAAAUGAAGAAGAGAGGUAUAGCUCCGUGCAGAAAAUGGGACGAAAAACCCAUUUUCUUCUCCACCUUGACCGGCGUCAUCGAACCCUACGUGCCACCCGAAGGUGACGGCAAAGCUUCACUGCUAAGCAAGAGCGGAGCGUUGCAGAAGAUGGAACAGCUACAGAAGAAAUCAGUUUUCACCUGGCACCUCCGGAAACUGAAGCAGUUUGAAACUGAUUUCAGCAUCGCGGAUUUCGCGAGUGAGGCAAACGACCUCUACAUCAAAGCCCACGAGGCUCUUGCCGAGCAGGACCAGGAUAAACUUUUCAGUCUAGUCACGGAGGCCGCGUAUCCCGAGAUGAUGGCGAACGUUGAGCACAAGACCCUACGGUGGCAGAUGCUCGGGAGCCUCGAGCCUGCCCGGGUCGUUCAUAUACGAACCCAGAGUUUGUUGACGAACGAUAAUACUUUUGCCCAGGUGACGGUUCGAUUGCACACCCAGCAAACCCUGGCCGUAUACGAUCGCUUCGGGCGGUUAUUGCACGGCUCAGAGGUUCUGGUGAAAGACGUGCUGGAAUACGUCGUUUUUGAAAAACACAUCGCUAAUCUAUACGGACAAUGGAGACUUCAUGCGAAGAUCAUUCCCGAUUGGAAGGCUUCUAAGGAGCCCUCGAAGCGAACAUUUGUUGAGCCUGAGGUUGAAGCGCCGGAAGAAACUUCCGAAUCGACCGAGACUACAACGCCGGGCGCGGAAGAACCAAAAGCUGCUCAGGGAGAAGCGCGAACAUGAUCGCUUCCAUAGUGUUCCAUUGAUUCGACAGGUGCCGCGACGAAUAAAAUAACAUAGUUGUGCCCAA